AUGUUAAGGCCAAAACCAAUCAUUAUAUUUGGCAAUCUAUGGGAGUUGUUGUUCGUACCGAAGCACGAGCUAGAAGUACGCCGACUAAAACAAUAUGGUAAUAAACCGGUGUUACAAGUGGCCGACCCGACGCUCGUGCACCGCAUACUGGUCACCGACUUUCGGUUGUUCAACAAUAAAACACGCAUUCCUAAAGUGGGACACCCGGUGAUCGCGCGCACACUAUUUCAAGUGACGGGCAAACAGUGGCGGCGCGUGCGCGCAGCCGUACGGCCGGUGUUUACAGCGACGCGCAUGCGCAAACAGCACGCUAUUAUUGACGCGUGCGUUGUGCGCCAGUUGUUCGGCGCGUUCGACGAAUGCGCACGCGCGGGCACGCCCUGCGACGUCAAGCGUACGUUCGCCUGUUUUACGCUGAGCGCCAUAGCGUGCGCCGGAUUUAGCGCCCGCGUCGACCCCUACAACGACCCGCGACACCCGUUCUCGCGCAACUCGUGGCGUCUGUUCGCGGUACCAGGGUGGAAAUUGUUGGCCAUGCAAUUUUUGCCCCGUUGGUCGCUCAAGUUGUUAGGGCUCAACUCGUUUUUUCACGAGACAGACCUACAGGGUAUUUGUCAAACGGUGCGCGCGAUUAUGGCUGCAAAGGCGACGCUCAGUGGCGGCGGCGACGAUAUGCUGGAUGUGCUGAUGGCGGCCAAGACUGACACACAAAUUAAUGAUACAUUUACUGAUGAUUUUAGUGAAGAAAAGAAACAAAAAGUUAUAACAGAAGUGAAAAUAUUAUCAAAAAUGAACUCCGAUUUUGUGGUUAAAUAUUACAACUCGUGGUCUGAAGGGAAACAUGUGUUCAUUCAUAUGGAGUAUUGCUGUCAAACACUCGCGACUGUAAUCAAAGACAAAGCCAUAGUAUUUGGCAGACAAUCGUCGGAAGCAAUGAAUUUAUACGAGUAUUUCAUUUCGUGUGAAAUACUUCGGGAACUCUUGCAAUGUCUGCAAUACAUCCAUGACUUGAAUCCACCGGUCAUUCACCGGGACUUAAAACCUGCAAAUGUUUUAAUCGUAAACAACACUAAUAAUAACCGGUUUAUAAAAUUAUGUGAUUUUGGUGUAGCCGUUGAGCACAACAUGGUAUCGAUGAGCCACACGUCAAGUGUCGGGACCUCACAAUAUAUGGCACCCGAAGUGUUUCAGAGCCGAUACACCACUAAAGUAGACAUUUAUAGUCUGGCAGUCAUUUCGUUUCAUUUUGAUAAUCCUUUGGAAACAUACAGUUUGACCACAUUUUCGGCCAAUUUCAAGAAAUUACAUGAAAUGAUUGCACAAAUGUUUCAGUCAAUAGCAGACAACCGGCCGACCAGUGGUCGAGUACUACAAGACUAUAACUACUGGUUAGUCGAUAAGCAGACAAUUCCGGCAAAUACUGAGGAAUUCAAUGCACUUCUGUAUAUACAGUGCAUAUCAUUCUCGGCAUUCGACGCGCAAAUACAUUGUGACGAGUGUUUUAAAUAUGGGAUGCUUUCGGACGAUCGGCGGCACACAUGUGUCCCUAUCGGCGACAAACCGGUAGCGCAACACAACCCGAGCCAACGCCAGCUUAGUCUCCAUCUCUGCGAACGACUGGGCGACGCAAACCCGGGGGCCGGCGCUGAACGGCACAUACGAAUAGGAAAGCGGUCGGGAAUGAAUCGGUGGGCUUCGGGGAAAAAAGUGUCCGAGUGGUGCAUCGCGUAUAUGGUGGCUGACCCCUGGGCACCACCAAACCCGUGUCGCCCAACGGGUAGUCCUCGCCGGGCACGCGGUUCAGCUUCAGCGGCGACCCGUGGUCUCCUUCACUACUGCGUCCAGAUAUGGCAGCGCCGACAGCGCGUCAAAGCCCAGCUCCGGGCCCUCCCGAGAGCCGCCCAUCGCCGCCACGAUCUCCUCGUAGAGCCGCUGUUGGGUGUGAGGCGUGAGCGCCAACUCGUAGGCGCAAAACGACAACAGGUUUGA